AUGGAUAUACCAGAGGGUAAUGGAAACCCUCUGGGUAAUGGAAAUGGUCGAGCUAGGCAGACUCGACCGAUUGGGCUUGGAGAUGCACCAAACCGCCACCAGCAAAGAAGAGGGAUUGUCCCACCUCCUGUCCAGAACCACAAUUUCGAGAUCAAGCUGGGGAUGAUUACCUUAGUCCAGAACAAGAUGUUCCAUGGAUUGUCUUGUGAAGAUCCCAUUGAUCACUUGGAUGAGUUUGAUAGGCUGUGUGAUCUGACCAAGAUGAAUGGUGUCUCUGAAGAUGCCAUCAAGCUGAGACUCUUCCCUAUGUCUCUUGGUGACAAGGCCCAUCAAUGGGAGAAGAGUUUACCCCAUGGAUCAAUCACUACAUGGGAGGAUUGCAAGAAGGCAUUUCUUGCCAAGUUCUUCUCUACUGGUCGCACUGCUAAGCUGAGAAGCGAGAUAUCUGGUUUCACUCAAAGGAACAAUGAGACAUUUGCUGAAGCUUGGGAGAGAUUCAAGGGUUACACCAGUCAAUGCCCUCAUCAUGGCUUCAGCAAUGAGUCUUUGCUUUCCACACUUUACAGAGGAGUUUUGCCAAGAUACAAAGAGAUGUUGGACACAGCCAGUAAUGGAAACUUCCUCAAUCAAGAUGUAGAUGAUGGCUGGCAGCUUGUGGAGAACAUUGCUAACUCAAGUGGGAGCUAUGGAGAGGAGUAUGAUCGCACAAACAGGAGCUCGACCUCCAACUCGAUCGAGUCUGAUAGUAAGCUGAGAAACGAUGUCAAGGCACUCAAUGAGAAGUUGGAUACGCUUAUCUUAGCUCAAUCCACAAUGAAGAAGGCCAACUUUGUUUCUAAAGAAGAGAUGGUUCAAGGCCAAGAAGAGGAGGAGAAUCAGUUUGCUGAAGUGUGCUACAUUAAGAAUGGACAAGGAGGUUAUCAAAACGGUUACUAUGGCUACAAGUCACACCCUACCAUGUCCUACAGUAACACUGAUGUUGCCAAUCCUCAAGAUCAAGUCUACCCUCCGCAGCAACAGGCUCCAGCGAGUCAGCCUCCACAGCAAGGAUAUGGUCAGAAAGGGAAUUUCCAGGGCCAUCAGGGAAAUUAUCAAGGACAACAGCAGAGUGUACCAACUGGGUAUGCACCUCAAGCGCCUCAGGCUUCACCAAGUCAGGAACAAGAAAUAAAAGCCAUGUUGAAGCAGCUCUUACAAGGUCAAGCAGAUGGUGCUAUGGAGAUAAGCAAGAAGUUGGCUGAGAUGAACUCUAAGAUUGAAUCCUUGAACACUAGAGUUCACUCUUUGGAACACCAUGCUUCUUCUUCUGCUGCUAAGCAAGGUCAAUUUCCUGGAAAGGCUGUUCAGAAUCCAAAGGAGCAUUGUAGAGCGAUCUUCACUCAAGAGGAAGGAUUUGAUCAACAAGCUGCUAAUGAGAAGGAUAUUGAGGAGAUCUGUAUGCUGCUUAAUAAUGAAGACAAUGUUGUUGCUGAUGCUCCUGGAGUCCAGUACGCUCAACCUGAAGUGCAAGCUCGAUUGGCAGCUCGAUCGAGCCAGACCGUCUCACCAGCUCGAUCGAGUCAGAUGCUUUAUGCUCCAACACCAUCUGAUGAUGACACCUACAAGCCCCCUGUUCCAUUUCCAAGUAGAAUCCUUACCAAGAAUCAGAAAAAAGUCAUCACCAAGUUUAGGAAUGACAUGAGUAAGAUUGGGGUUGAGCUACCAAAUAUGGGAAGUUUUCAAGCUGCUCAUGUCCAAAAGAAGAUGAUUAAGGACAUACUUGAUAACAAGGACGAAGUAGCUCAGCUUUUGGAGCCCUCUUCUUCCCAGGGUGAUCUCUUAUCCACACCAACCUCACUACCCAAGCUGAAUGGUCAGGGAAGCUUCACUCUGCCUUGUACACUUGGUCACCUACAACUUGAGGAUGCACUUGUUGAUUCUGGAGCAAGUAUCAAGUCUGAUCUCUCUUGUUCUAAUACAGAAAUUGGGUAUACAGAGUCUGAUCCAGCGACCUAA